AAAAACCAGGAAGGCUUAGAGCCGGUGCCUUAGCAGGAGGAUUAUAAGUACAACAGGCGGUGGCGAUCUCUCCGUCACAGCGCCAACCUCCGCCGAGCCAGGAUCCGUCCCCGCUGCCUCACCACGAGCAGCGGAGCAGCCCGCAUCCUUCACCAUUUCUUCCCAGCUACGGGAAGGCACCGGCUGAUUUGCCCCGGCUUCGGACCUGGGAAGUUGCAACUAAAUCACCCUCCGCGGUUUGCAGACAAAAGACUGGGAUGCGAGCAUAAAAAUGACCUCUCCAAGGUCACACAGGGACUCAGCAGCAGAGACGUGACCAGAGCUUGGUCGUGAUGGCUCAGAGGCUGCGGGGCUGCACUGACUGCCCAGGAGAGGGACAGGGCAGGGAAAUGCUGUCAGAUGGCAGGAUCACUGGGGACAUCUCCUCCAGACCCGAGCUUCCACCCAGUGGGGACAUUUCACUUCUGCUCCACGGGCAGUUGUUACACAGGCAAUCCUCCCGAUGCUAGCAGCACAGGUAGGGAAAAGGUCCAAAUUACACAGUCCAGCAUCUGCUGCAAUGAGACCAGAGUUCCUUCAACCUCUUCUCCAUCCCCAGGCGACUUCUGAGCUUGGAUCCUAUCCCCCGGCUUCCCCUCGCAGGCCCACAUGGUGCCCGCACAGGUUCCCGAGACAGUUACAGGCCGCUUCAAAGCGGCAGAGAAGGGGGCGAGGUCUGCUAGGAAAAAGCAGCAAAGCAAGAAACCCAAACCCCGGAGAUUAGCAUGGCCAAUUACGUCCCUCCUGAGAUCUCGCUCGCUUCCUGCUCCCCUCCCUCCUUACCUGCCGAGCAGGCUCGGGGAGGGUCCGGCUCGCAGCCACCCAGCUCUUCCCCACCCUGCCCCGCUGCCAGGCCCGGGCAGCCACCCCCAGCGCCUCCUAACAACGCGCGGCUGUCGUAAUAAGAAGGCUCCUCACCCCCGUGCAAAGGGAAGCUGAAGCUGGAGAUGGGUGGAAGAUCCAACCCAGAUAAAAGGUCUUGCUCACCAAUGUCGGUCAGGCCCGAAGACACCUCAAAGGUCAGUUCAAGAAAAAGAUGCAAGGAAAAAAAAAUGCGGAAGCAUUCAUCAGCUCCCAAAUCCUUUCUUUGCAAGGGUUAGACCAGACUGUUAGACCCUCUGGUUUUCCGAUCUCCAUCCAGAGCAGAGGCUCGGUUCCUUCUCUCACAGGUGGGCCACUACCUGGGGACACCCCAGCUGUCUGCGCUAAGAGGCUGACAAGCUGCAGGCAGCGUGAGCUCUGGCAUUGAUUUCCCACAAACACCUGAAAUGGGUUUUCAGUGCAGAAAUGACUGUGGCCUUGCUGGAGCUCACCUGGGGUGCCCCAGCUACCUUCGUGUGCUUAGAAACAGACGAGGAACUCCUGCCUCACUGAGCUGCAAGGGGAACACCCCCUGAAAAAGUCCCCUACUGCAAAAUGAGAGCAUUGUUAUCUGACAGAGCUCCCUAGCUUUAGAUUCACACCACGCACCCCGCUGAAUUAGGACCUUUUGCUGAUCGUAAGCCUCUUCCUGACCGCAGGGGAGAGGAGCCGACUGAUGCCGUGACGGCACGUACCCGAGCACAGCCACCGGUGGGACCGGCACCGUGCCUGGCCAAAGCACCUUUCGGGGACCUGCUCGAAAGAGGGGCCCAGGUCUCCUCGCCAGGCGUCAGCGAUGCCAGAGGGGUUUGGCGGAAUGUGCCUGGUCAGCCUGACCACAGAAAACGAGCGCUCUCCAAACAAACAGUCCUGCGAACCCAACGCUCACAUAUGCGCAGACACACAGAAAAUAACUGUAAGGUCACGGCUGUUUUUUCUCCCAUCCACUUAUCAGUGCUUGUACUGGAGAGAACAAACACUGAUGUUCUCCGCCAUUAACCCCUUCUCCCCUCUCCCCAAAUGGGUGAGCAGCACGGCGCUGCUCCAACCGCCAGCCCCAACCCCUCCAUCCAGGCAUCAGACGACGAGCCGCGGAGAAAGCACGCCGCACCUUCAAAGAAGGAGCAAGAGAAAAGUCCGAUUACCGUUCCCAUCAAGCAGGUGGUGAGCCAGCUCUCUGCCUCUCGGCCCUUAAUCACCUGUAAGCCUGAAGUGACGCUGCUGGAAGCCUCCAGCCCUCCAGGAGGUCAGCCCAGACGGAGCCUACACCAGCCUGGGUCCGGCAUAGCCAGAGUCACCCUCCCCAAAUGAUUCGUGAAGUUACUGGACAUUGAACAAGCAGUAAAAUUUUAGGCAUGACCUGGCAAAAUUAACGUGCUUGGAGAGACUCUUGUUGAACUACAGGAGCCAUUUUGGUGCAGCCCAGAGGCCAGCUGGAUCCCACCCUAUGGAAACUGGUGGGGGACAGGGUUUCCCUAUGACAGGCUUAUCGCGUACUGCUCUGCUACCCGCUUUUCUGCGUGCACAUAAGGGCAGGCACUCUAACACACAACAGCGAAGUUUUGCCUAAGGACAGCGUGAUAAGCGGUGAGCAAGGCAGAUCCUUCUCCCUGCAGGAGAGGAGAACCUCUCCACCACCCCAUUGGGCAAACAGCAGCCAGAAAUUCAUCCCCCAACAGCCCCAGUAUCAGAGGUAUGCCCGUGACACCAGGCAGCGAUGCCAUAAAUCCCCAUGAAAACCCCAGGACUGAAAUCCAAGGCUCUCUCACCUCCGUGCUGCAGGUAGAGGGUCAAGCGAGGGGUCUAUAGGAUGCAGGAGGCAGCACAGUAAAGACAACAAUUAAAAUCCUUAACUAAAUUUGAAAGCCUUAGGCUCACAGCCUAUUUGAGACAUUCCCCGCUCCGGUCCAGGCUACCUGGUUGGUUUUAAUCAAACUCAGAGCUUUUCUGAUCACCCUCCACCUUCGUCCUUCUCUGCUGUUAAUUAGCUUAACUCAGAUGUCAACUCCAAGUGAAGUACUCGAGUUGGCUGCCUGUAAUCUGGUAUGUCUCUUCCAAAUCUUCUUCCAAGUUGUACUUACAGGUUUAAUUCUACGCUUUAAAGAUGAGGGUCGCUUGCAUCAAAUUCCUCCCUGCUCAGAGUGCAAACGUCACAUCCAGCAUUCUCUGAUUUGAAGAAAACAAAAACCCACCACCGUCACCACCAGAAAACCAGCAGUACAACAGUUCCCUUGGGAUUGGGAAGCCGAAAAGGUAUCAGUCCCCUUUCUGCUCAGCUCAGUGCAAGACCCUCUGCAGUGGAUUUCCGCACACUCAGAUGCAUUAGAUCGUAUUAGGUACUCCCCCGAGCUUUCAAGGUUUAGCAGGGAAUUGGAAACUGAAAUUUAACGCGAUUACAGCCAGGAAAGUCUCAUGCUUUGUCAUCCGAGCACAUGGCGGAGCCACCUCUGUGAUUCGCUUCCUGUCUUACGGGGUGGGAUCUCGAGCACAAACACCCUAUCGUCUCUCUUCCAGUCAGAGUAAAACCUCCUAGCAACAUUUUUAGGAUUCAUUUUUCCACAUUUCAGUGCCUGCUGCUAUGGCCACAUCAUUUCUCUGUGUUAGCGUGUACCGGUAUCAUUCCUCACACUUACUUCUUUGCUCUGUUUUCCCUUUGUGGCCGCCUGUAGGCACACAGACACAGCGAAGUACCUCGGCCACCCCUUUAAAUCUCUUCCUGUGCUAGACGAGACCAAGGGCAUUGCCAUCUACAGGCACGCAGGAAUUUGAUAUCAGGGGCUUUAUUUUCAGGAGGCUUCUCCGGUGGGUUCAGGGGGGUUGACAGAAGCAGACAUUGCUCCUGCACUGUGCUGACUGUGCAAAUAUCCAGAAGGGCUCCAGCAAAGGUAGAAAAUCAUUGUAAUGAGAAUCUCAACUGUCCUGCAGGAAUAAAUUCAGCGCUUCUUUUGCAACAUUUCAUCCAAAAAAAAUGGAAGAUCUGACCUUGAAGAAUCCGAAGAAACUAAUUUCCUGUAGUAUAAAGCGAGUGUUGGCUUAUCAAACGUUAAAUCUUACUUAAUUAUAAAUUCUAUUUCAUUUGUUCGCCAGCCUCUGUCAUCUGUAAGUGUGCACACUGGACAGUUUGGUAACUGACAUUUGGUACAUCAAUAAUCACUCAUUUACUCCCUAACCAGGCGCUUCCAAAGGCACAGUUAGGAGGGGGAGGAAGCAGGGCGAAUUUAGCGUGAAGGCUGAAAAGAUGUUGCAAAUCAUCCAGUUAGAGGUAUUUAACACCGUACCCACCAUCCGGCAGCACCUCUGAGUUACGGGGCAGGUAUGACGCCCCCCCCAAACCUCUCCGGUCGACCUCCCCACGCACCUUCCUCUCCCUUUCCCACCACCAGAAGCCUCCCCUUUCCUCAUUUUUGCGCCUUUUCCAAUCCGAUACUCGUUUCCCCGCAUACUUCAGUCAGGAAAAACUCACCUCUUUUCUCAGCGUUUCGGACCGAUUCCUAUCUCCCGAAUCUAGCCCUGACCCCCCCCCCCACCCCAGCCCCGUUCUCUCCACUUAUCACCCGACAGGCGAGUGGGGGGGGUGGGAAAAACAAACCCAAAGGGUGUUGGGAAAGGAGGAGGAGAAGCGAGCCGUCCCCGUGCCCUGCCGCCCGCCGCCAGAGGGGCUGCUGCUGCUCCUGCUGCUCCCCGCCAUGCAGCCAUGCCCUGCAGACUGCAGAGUCACUCUGCGGGAGCGCCGCACGCACCGCCGCUCGCCUGGAACAACGCGCUCAGCACCGUGCUGGAGACAGCGGUGCCGCUUCCUCCACGCCCCCCACCCUGCAGCGACCCUCGGGGCUGGGCCCCCACAGCCGCCAAGGCUGGGGACGGGCUCAGGUCCGCGGAUCCGGAUCGGCACCGAGCACGUGUGCGCCGAGCCCUCUCGCCGCGCGUUUCCGCCCUCCCUGCCCAGCUUUCCUAUCGCUGCUGAAGUCCGGCUGGCGCGGCGAGGAUGUGAGCGAUGUCGGCAAGCUCCGUCUGAGCCCCCCCCGGUUCUUCCGGGUGCCCCAAGGACCUCCCCGGCUAGUGCUGUCGCUGCCACCAAGGGCUCUCUCUGCACCAAAAAAAAAAAAAAAAAAGGAAAACAAAUGCUGUGGAGCACCAGAGAUGCUUCUCCUCCACGACCGCCCUCCUAGGGCAGGGACUCUGCUCCUGGGCCUCGCUAGAGGCCGGGGACACUCUGACGAGAGGGUCGAGGAUGGAGAAAGGCGGCGGUGAGACCGCCAGGUCCCAGCCCAGCUCCGCCUGCCGCAGCAGCAGGCUGCGGAGCUGCCUCCAGGGGUGCCAGCAAGGAGGCGAGCUCGCUGCCUGGGAACGCGGCACCCAGAGCAGGCUGAGCCGCACGGAUACACCUCGGUCACAGCCCCGCCACCUCAGUCAGGGCUCGGCCAUCUCCGAAACAAACGGCGGCUUCCAGCUGACCCAGGGCUGCCAUGGUCACCUCCCACACACCGUCAGCACCAGGCUAUCUGCAGCUGAGAUCUCCGCCAGGUCCUUCCGACUUGUGACCAUGGAAAGAAACAGGAUGACUCAGAACACAACGCCAAAAAACAUCACAACCGCCGGGAAGCGCUGCCUGCCACGUGUUCCCGUCCGGCACCGCAACGCAGAAAGUGUCGAGGCAAGCGGCUGCUCCUAAGUGAGCUUUGCCCCAGAAGGACGCUGAAGGUAAACCACUGUUAAUGCAGGUAUUAGUCCGGCCAACUCACGGCCCUUCCUCCCUCUCCGUGCGAGUCCCAGCGGAAUAUGCUCGAGCACGCGGAGCGUUAACGCUGCACGAAGAGCUCUUGACCCUAGCACAAUCCACAGCAAGCUCCACACCUGAGCUGGGCCGGGCAGCCGCUGGGGAUGGCUUCUGCAGUUCCAUCACCAGCCCGCUGUCAUCCUGGGUUUGGCAGAGCCACCACGUGCCCCGCGCCGAUUUGCUCGGAAAAGGCAACACACCCUGCCCCCAGGAGCCCCCCAGGCCUGUUGUACAAACACAUGCCCCGACAGAGGAAGGUCAGGCAGGAGGGCUUUCUGGGAACCCGCGGUUACAGGAUGCGCCUAUGUUUGGAAACAUGUUGACACCGUACUUGGCCACGGUUCCCACAACCCUUCCCAAAAAAACGUACGUCUUGUGCAGCCUUAAAACUGCCAUCCAACCCAUUCUGUUCCGAACGCCUCGUGCCAGUUUGCACUCGCUGCUGCAGCACCCCCCUGUGCGCCCGCGCCUCCCUCCGGCCAACCCAGACCGAUCCCGACCUGGGACUCUUCCCACAAAGAACUCCGAUAAUCGAUUUAUUCAAGGGCAAAUUCAGUUCCCAUUUGUUCUGGUCACCAAUUAUUGUUGCCUAAAUACACAAACCGCUGCGUUAAGUUCUUGCAACACUGCAGGAACUUCUUAGAAGCCUUUCUUUACCUCUCCUCUUACCUGAAGCCACGCAGCUCGAUCACUUGCUACUAGAGGUUCACAUUAGCCACUUCUAUUUCAGCGCACGGAGAAAAAUUUCCCAACCCCACCUGCAGAUCACUGACGAGGUUCCAGAACCUACAGAACGAGUCUGGGACCGAAGCACUGGCUUGAGUGAAGACAGAGGCAAAAGCAGAGCUGGCCACGCUGGAGGGCACACGGAUUCAAGCCACCGGUAGUACAUCAGUUCAGGCUUCGGCGCCAGAACGACCAGAUAAAUAACAUUUCAAAGGCCAUAACGUAAACGUGCCUCAUGGCUGGGAACGAACAAAGCUCACCGCUCCCAACCAGACUGGGAGAGCAGAGCAAAAAGCCCUCCCAGCUCUGCCACCAGUUACCUAUGAGACCUACAGCGAGCGAGGCACCUGCACCUCGGUUUACCUGGCUGCCGAGCUGGGAGCAGGGCUCCUCCGAGAGCUGCGUGGUCACAAAGGACACCGCAAUCCUCCGGCAGCAUGCAAGCAUAUUUACGUUUUCAUUAAGGUGAUUAUAUUUUUAACGCUUGCUGUUUGUAGCUGUAGUAACUGUAAGGAUUAAAAUAUCUAAUCUGGUGUAGAGAGCACAGCUUUCUCCUAAAACGCCCGUUCCUGAUUCAGCCAAACGAGCGCUACCACUGAGGUGGGAUCGGAGAUUCCUUACGGAGUAGUUUCAAGCAUGCAAGGAGAAACCUAACUCUAUCCAAGUCGGCAUUUGGCAUUCCCCUGAGGACAAUUUCACACUAUUUGAGCAUUGUGAAAGGAUCAGGUGUCAUAAUUUGGAAGCCAGAGCAGAGCACCGCAGCCCAGCGCCCCGAUUCCCAGCCCUUUUUGCACCCGAUUCGCCCUUCCUCCGUCCAGCCCCACGAUCCCAGAUGCGAUCCCAGCGCAACCCCCCGUGGUAUCACAGGCAAUAAAACGCCUGAAGGAAGAGUUGUGGGGGUGAAAGGUACGGCUGGUGAGGAUCACCCGGCGAUACCUCGUGGCUGGCAGUCGGGAACCAGAGGUCCAGGUGGAAAAAAAGCACCAAAUCCCAGCAACCGCGGCCCAUGAGUCAGCUCUCCAGCAGCCGCACCGCGCUCCCCAGCCUUCCCGAAACAAACAGUGCACAACAGGGCAAAGGUCCAGCACAAAGCUGAAGGGCAAAGGCAUGCGGGGGAGGGAAAGCACCAACCUUCCUUCACGUUUUGGGAGCAGGGAGUUCCAGCUGCCCUCGUGCUCCCCACCGAAACGGGAAGCGUUACUCAAAAGCGAGUUGUGGGAUCGGAACAAAACCGUAUGGCAGAGAGGAAACUUGGGGCGACGGGGGGAGGACUCCUGCUGCGAUAGCAGCUCUGUUGCAACCAACAGCCAGAAGAGCUCCACAAUUACGUGCCACGACAGAGCAAGAAUUGCCCAACACUUUGGAAAUAGGUGUGUGCAGCUCUACCCUGCUGGAUACCCAGGCAGGCAGAUGUGCGUGUCUGUUCCGAAUGUGAAGAAACGCCAGGGGUAAAACAAGCUUCCCAUACAGCUUAUCUCCUGUACUGGAGGCUGGUUUCAAGGAAAGCCCUUUGGGGACUUAGUCAGCGAGUGGUGAGAAGCUCCCGAAUUGUUCUUUCCCUGCCUUCUCCUCGGUACCAGCCAUAAACCACCAGGCGCUCUCUGAAGUCGAUUCACCUCCGGUGCCUGCUGCUAGGACCUAAGGUGUGCCUUCUGCAAGGCGCUGCUUAUCCUCCCCCUGCAUCUGCCAAACGGCAGGCAACAAACUCUCUUCAAGAAACUAGAGCACCUCCUGCACCUCCGCUGGGAGACACCGGGUGCUGCUUUCUCACGGCAGAGCGUCUGCAGCCAGGAGGAAAAACGGCAGAAAAGUUAGCGCAGACAAAGCUCGCGGUGCCAGCCAUUAAAGCCUGGGUGUUCUUACUUCCAAGACGUAAACGGCUUUAAAAAUUAAGAAGUGCCAAGUGCCUUGAUGCAACGUUUCUUGAAAGAAAUCCAGAAGGUUUUCAAAACGGGGUGCUGUUAACACCUGCCUGCACCAAUGCUUGCGUCAUCACCAGCGCUGGUGCUGGGCACAACGGAGGAGUACAAAAUGUUCCAGAAGGUCGAGCCGUCUCAACUGCAAGCCACGCUUCUCCUCCUCUAUAGGAGAAUUUGGAGAAAAUAUUUCAAAUCUGGUUUAUAGCCAAAAGCACAAAGCUGUUUUUGUCAGAAAGGGCUUCCUUCGCUGCUGCGCACACACUCCCUACCGUCAUGCCUUCGCACGUCAGGCUCCGGCUGCGCUGCUUUACGUGAUAAGAAGGGAACGUACAGCAACUCGCCCGCAGCCAGCGGACGGUCACACAGCCCUCGCUACCUGAGCGUCGGAGAGCAAAAACGAGGUGUCGUCACCAGCCUUGUCAGCGUCCCUCACGAGCAGUACGUCCUAACUCAAGCCUUGCCACUCUGGACACGUUCCUGCGUUACUCCACGGCUCCAAGGACCCCCCUUCCCACCCGAAACGCACGCCGACAAAGGCGGUGCGCACCUCGCCGAGCGCCAGGGAGCUUUUCUGGUGCGCCUCUCCGCCAGCGCCCGAGCCCCCGCUUCCAGCAUCAGCGGUAUCGCUGUUGUCUAACCCGCUCCUAAUGGUUGCUCCGCUGAACGCCACGCUGCCGUGCUUUCGGGAGGAGGGGCUAAGCAGCGAGGAGAGGCUUUGCUUCGGCAGUCCACCUCCCUGAGCAAGCAGGAACGUUUAACUCCAACUUCCCACCGCAGACCUCGCUGCCAGCCCUCGGCGUACCCCACGACCGCUGCGGCAGGUACGCGAGCCAUCCAACCCUGAAGAUAAAGCCUAAUCCACCAAAUCCAGACAGCUCCCCAGCAUCAGCCCCCGCCGUGCAUCCAACCUCCCCAGGUGGCAAUCAGCUGCAGGAAGUCAAGCGCCUCAAAAACCUGCACAGUCCCGCGGAUUUGCCAAGCUCUUCCACAUCUGUGUUCAAACACGGGCAGCAAAAACUCACGACGACCUUGAACGUGGCUGUUUUAUCUGUGCCAGAGCUCAGCCCCUUCACUUUUAUAAGCACUACUUCCAACACAGAUCAGGUGAACACCUCAAGGAGCAUGUCUCGUCCAUUAAAUCUGCUCUACAGGCCUAUGAUUAAUACAAUCCUUAUAAAAAAAAAUUAGGGCUUUCAAAGCCUGUAAAACAAGUCAUAGAGGGAUCUCUGCAUCUUUACAGAGCUGACCUGAUACUCGCUGGCUCCUAGGUCUCCUCGCUACCCCUGGCAGGAUCAGGGCUGGCAACAUUUAGGAUCUCAGCACACAAGCACUGCGCUGGGAGCGCAGCUUGAUUGCAACCCCUGGUUUUCUAGGCUAUGCUUAAAAACUAAGAACAUUUAGUAAUUCCCUUCCACAAUUUACGAGCACCCAACCCGUUUCAAGCGUACGGAGAAGCCACUUUUCUUGGGUGAUCUCCUUCCUGGAGGUCACUGCAAGACCACAGCUCACCUCACCAGCACGCCCCCCGCACAAACUCACGUCCGAGCCUCUUUCUGCAAACAUCUGCUGUCAGAAACCCUCUGCCCAAAGCAGCGCAGACACGGCAGGGGCCCCCAAACUCUCCAAGAGGGCACUCGGGCAAAGGGCCGCUACACGACCCUGCCUCUCGUGGGAGUGAGCCGGCCGUGUUCGCCUGACACGUUUUCUCUGCUAACGAAGCAGGCGGCCGAAGAAACAAUGCCCCGAGUGCGGGAGAGCCGAGCGGCAGCGUCUGGGGCACCGCACGAACCAGGCGCUGCCGCCAAGCGUCGCAAAACCAAUUCCAUUAUUUGAACACCUCUGGGAAUAGCGGGACAAUCGGGCCAGGCCCUACAAAAGCCCAUGCACUGCGGGAUUAGCCCCUCACCCUACCGCAACAAAAAUCGUCCGGGGCACCGCAAAGCCACCGCGUGUGUCGCCCGGCGCUGGUUUGGGCCCUAAAGUCCUGACCUCCGAAGGGCCUGCAACCGCCUGCACGGGCUUUGGAGGUACGCUCUUGUAUUCCUGCACCUUUGGGUUGAUUUCCAGGGAGCGUGGCGGGGCCCGGCUCCCACACAAAGGAGCGAUGCGGCCAGCUGCGUGUCACGGCGCACCAGGCCGCCGCGGACGGCGACGCACGGCGCCAAACCCCGCGGGCGCGGACGUUUAUACCU